AUGGCUGAUGCACCCCCCUCCCUCCCGGGCCCUAUGCCCUCGUCCUUUGACGGCGACCAGGAACUUCAGAAUGAAAGACCAAUGCAAAAGGUCCUUCGCAAGAUCAAGGAGGAGCCGUUGAUCCCCCUAGGAAUGGGUCUGACCACUCUCGCCUUUAUCAAUGCCUACCGAGCCCUCCGUCGUGGUGAUUCAAAACAGGCGAACCGCAUGUUCCGAGCCCGAGUUGCAGCCCAAGGUUUCACCGUAUUCGCCAUGCUUGCCGGCAGCAUGUAUUACCAGAAGGACCGCGAGAAGAGCAAGGAGCUCCGCCAGCUCCAGGAGCAGAAGGAUGCUGAAGAGAAGCGACAAAAGUGGAUUCGUGAGCUCGAGGCCCGAGACGAGGAGGAAAAGGCCAUGCGUGCGAGACUCGAGAAGAAGAGACAACAGGUCCAGGCCCAGCGGGCCGAGGAGACCAAGGCAACGGCAGAACCGCAACCCGAAGGCACCGAGACUUCCAGUAAUGGAGGUAUUCUGAGCCGCAUUGGCUUGUGGCCACAGGGCAGCAAGGGAGAGAAGAAGGAUGACAACAAAGCCGCCGCAGAAGCUGUCGAGGAUGAGGCCAGCUCAAAGAAGAAGAAGAAUCCCAAGAGUUCUCUGGGCGAUCUUGGCGAAAUUAUCUCAAAGAGGAAGGACUGA